CUCGACAUUUCCAUUCAAUACCACGCAGCACGCGACGUCCGACUUUCAAUUGAAAUGUGAUCGCAACUGUUCACGCGACACAUCAUGGCCGACUACAGUCCUGGGAAGUACGCGAUGGAUCCACGCAAAGUGGCGCCGGUCGUCAUCGCCUCUGUGGAACGAAUCGAGGCACCAGUGACGCUCAAGGCCUAUGCGAUGUGUGCGUUCGCCGCCUUUGCUGGAGUCCUGUUUGGCUACGAUUCUGGUUACAUUUCUGGCGUACUGGGUAUGGACAGCUUCAAGCGCGAUUAUGGACGCCCAUCGACGACAGACCCAUCCGGAUAUGCAUACGAGACGUGGGAAAAGUCACUAAUUGUUUCAAUUCUCUCUUUGGGCACCUUCUGCGGAGCACUUACGUCCGGAUGGCUUGCAGACUUGAUAGGCCGUCGACCAACGCUGAUCGGACCCGGAUGUGGCGUCUUCAUGGCGGGAGUGGUUGUUCAAAUGGCAGCGCAACAAGUUGCUGGCCUCUGUGCUGGACGAUUCAUCGCUGGUCUGGGUGUGGGUUGCGUGUCGGCCGUCAACAUUCUCUACAUGUCUGAAGUGGCUCCUCGAAAAGUACGAGGCGCCAUCGUCUCAGCAUACCAGUUCGCCAUCACUAUCGGCCUCAUGUUGGCAAGUUGCGUCGGAUACGCAUCAAGAGAUCACGAUACCUCCGCCGCAUAUCGAAUACCUAUCGGCAUCCAAUUCUUGUGGGCGUUGAUUUUAAGCAUCGGCCUGCUGCUACUACCCGAAUCACCUCGAUUCUAUGUCAAGAAGGGCAGAUACGACAAGGCAGUCAAGGCUUUAGCUCGCGUACGAGGACAACCUGUUACUUCACCGUACAUCGAGGACGAGUUAUCCGAGAUCGUGGCCAACUAUCAAUAUGAACAACAAGUCGGAGAAGUUUCCUGGAUGGGCGUCUUCAGCGGUGGCAUCACCAACUCGAACUCGAACAUGCGAAAGAUAUUCAUUGGAACCGCCCUACAAAUGAUGCAGCAGUGGACCGGAAUCAACUUCAUUUUCUACUACAAUGUAACAUUCUUCCAAUCGGUCCACAUGGAGAAUGCCUUCCUGAUAUCGAUGAUCACUACGGUGGUCAACGUGGUCUGCACACCACUCUCAUUCUACGCCAUCGAGAAAUUCGGACGACGCUCGUUACUGAUUUGGGGAGCCGUGGCUAUGUGCAUCUGCGAAUACGCUGUUGCCGUUGUUGGCGUUUCAGCACCCGACUCUGAGGCAGCCAACUACUGCCUCAUCACGUUCGUUUGUAUCUACAUUGCAUUUUUUGCAGCAACUUGGGGACCUGCAGCAUGGGUCGUCAUCGGAGAGAUCUUUCAAUUGCCCAUCCGAUCAAAAGGAGUAGCAUUGUCGACAGCAAGCAACUGGUUCUGGAAUUGCAUCAUCGGCAUCAUAGUGCCCUUCAUCGUCGACGGUGACAAGGGUGCUUUCGGCGUCAAAGUCUUCUUCGUCUGGGGUUCCACAUGUGCAUUCUGUGCACUCUUCGCUUGGAUAUUUGUGCCCGAGACGAAAGGCCUCACGCUGGAGCAAGUCGACAAGAUGAUGGAAGAAGUCCCAGCCUACAGAAGCAAAAACUACAAACCCCACGAUACAUUCGCCGACACAUACGGCUACGUGCCAGAAUCCCACAGCAAGCGACCUUCCACAUCUCUAUCGUCUACGGACUACCCUAUGACAGUUCAGAGUUUCAUCGACAGAUGAUAGGAACAGCAACGUCGUAACACACGAUCGACAUUUCAUUACAUUGCAUCGAAGACAGAAAAUACAAAAGCUAGGCGCAAGGCGAAACAGGCGAAUUUACAAAGGGAAGAAAGACCACUAUUCAUAUCAAUUUUUCAUGGACUGCACAAGGAGCUGAUGACGACGUUAUGAUACCCUGGGCUGUGAUGAAUGCCCGUUGAGAGUUGCAGUAGUAUAACUAGAACAACAAACUAUUCUUAUCAUCAUCGAAACUAAGGCACAUAGCCGUCGCGAGACAACAC